AGCGACUUCGUGCAUGAAAACCUUAAGCAGCUUUAGUUUAAAUGUGAUACGGGCGACCGAUAGCGGCAACCGAAAAAAGAAACGAAAGGACGCUUAUCUAAUUCAACUGGUACUUUCAGAAUUUUUCCAGGUGGCAGAAAAAUUCGAGAACCUCACUGGCGGUGACCCUCGAGUCAGCGCCCCAGCCAAAAACCCCUUUUAUCUCUCGCCUCUCGCCCUUGUCAUCCUUUCAAUUCGUCUUUCUCUCUCUGUCCCUCUCUCUCCCUCCUCACACAUUCACAAUGGCUCCCCUUAAGCUCAACAGCAAGAACUUGCCGCAAAUUGCGGCGGCUGGUGAAGCCCAGGUUAAAGCUCCCACCUACCAGCGCGGUGGCGCCGUCAAGGAAGGAAUUGUCCAUGUCGGCGUCGGCGGCUUUCACCGAGCUCAUUUGGCCGUCUAUGUCGACCAAUUGAUGGAGAAACAUGGUGUGACUGACUACGCAAUUUGCGGUGUUGGCUUGCAGCCCUUUGACGCCACUAUGCGCGACGCCUUAGGAUCGCAGGACCACUUCUACACUGUCAUCGAGCGGUCGGCCAAGGGCAGCUUUGCCCAUGUUGUUGGUAGCAUCAAUUCCUAUCUCUUUGCCCCCGACGAUCGCGAGGCCGUCAUUGCCAAGAUGGCGCACCCCGAUACGCACAUCGUGUCGCUCACCAUCACCGAGAGCGGUUACUACUACAACGAGAACACGCACGAGCUGCAAAGUGAGCACCCUGACAUUCAAUUCGACCUCCAACCGGCCAACGAGAAGGCGCCACGCACCACGUUCGGCUUCCUCUAUGCCGCUUUGGCACGCCGCUACCAGCAAGGGCUCAAGCCCUUCACCGUCAUGUCGUGCGACAACAUGCAGAAGAAUGGAUCCAUCACCCGCCACAUGCUCGAGUCCUUUGCACGCCUCCGCAACCCUGAGAUCGCGAAGUGGAUUGCUGAACAAGGCGCCUUCCCCAACGCCAUGGUCGACCGUAUCACUCCCCAGACAUCCGCCGCCGAUAAAACGGCCCUUGCAGACAACUUUGGCAUUGAAGACUCAUGGCCUGUCGUCACAGAGCCCUUUAUGCAGUGGGUGAUUGAGGAUCAGUUCUCCGAUGGCCGCCCACCCUUUGAGAAGGUCGGUGCUCAGGUGGUCAAGAAUGUCCACGACGUCGAGGAGUUCGAGAAGCACAAGCUCCGCCUGCUCAACGGCAGCCACUCGGCCAUCGGCUACCCCGGUCAGCUGGCCGGCUUCAAAUAUGUCCACGAGGUCAUGGAGAACCCGCUGUUCAGCAAGUUUGUGUGGCAAAUGAUGCAGGACGAGGUGAAGCCAUUGUUGCCCGAGAUUCCGGGGGUCAACAUUGAUGAGUAUUGCAAGACCCUCAUCGAGCGUUUCUCCAACCCAACCAUCAUGGACCAACUGCCGCGCAUCUGCCUCAACGCUUCCGGCAAGAUCCCACAGUUUAUCAUGCCCUCCAUCGCGGAGGCGAUUUGGGUUACUGGCCCAUUCCGCCGCCUGUGCUUUGUCGCAGCCGCUUGGUUUCAUUACAUUAAGGGUGUCGAUGACAGCGGCAAGGAGUUCCAGGUUGAUGACCCGAUGCGCGAGGAGCUCCAGGCUAAGGCCCGCGCAGGAGGUACUAACCCGGCCGAGCUGCUCAGCAUCAAGAGCCUGUUCGGUGACGAUUUGCGGGGCGACAAGCGAUUCAUCCAGGAAAUCACCACCGCGAUGGAGGACAUCGCCCGGGACGGCAUCCUGAAGACGCUUCCCAAGUACAUUGACUAAGCGCCAUCACUACGCGCUGUUGCCUUAAUAUAUACGGUAUACCUGUGUCUGAUAUUUAAGUUUUCUACGAUUGUGUUAUAUGGGAAGGGUUUUACAGGAAAAGCGGUAUAUAGAGAUAGAUAAUGAUAGACAACAUUUAAUUCUUUGUUAUUCUAGCGUACAACUGAACGAUGCUUAGAUUACAAUGGGGAUCUCCCAUGAUUGAUUCUAUUUAUAGGAGAGUCUUGGCAGGAUAUGCUGUCUUUGAAGAAUUGACAGAGCUAUGAUGGCUAGAAGAGUCUAUCGCAAUGCAAACAAACCAAACACUGCGAGCGGGAAUGGGCCUCAAGAAUCUGGCCCAAAACGGGGCAACCGAACCCGUUCUCGUGACAUCUUAAUGUGGCUCCUACCAACUCAGCAUUAAAGCUUUCUAUCCGU